UUUCUCUUGUAAAGAGCAGCGACUAAGAGGUCGACCGUGUUGUUAAGAAGCACAACAAAAGACGAGUGGAUAUAAGUGAAUUCAGUCAGAUUUGAAAACGGUAUCGUUAUUGGCGUGGUUGAACUGAUUUAUACAGAAGAACUAAUCAGCAGGUUGAGUGAAGUACAGGGUCUGCUUGGAAGACCACACUGAAGGGAGGAGAAAAAAAAAGCAGGAGGAGCUGGACGCUGGAGUGCUGAACUUAAACCAUCAAGUCGGCUUUCAGUUUUGGACGUCUUUCUCCAGAGGAGCUUGGCUUUCUGCUUUAAGGAUUUUGAAUGACCAGAGAGGCUAUUUUCCAACAAACAAACAACUAAGUUUCAAAACUGGAUGUUGUAUUGAAUCACCUACACCAAGGAUUAACUUUUACUUGUUCUUGUGGAUGAAAAUAGUGACAAAGGUCACCUGAUCCAGUAUAUAUAAAUUCAAGACAGUACAAAAACGAAAAAUAAGCGUGAUAUUGAACUUCCUGAUUCGAAGAGAAACAUUUUUCGCCGUUCUGUCGCAGGACUCGUACUUCCUUCAACCUGCAGGCGUAUAAUUUUCUAUACUCUGAGCAGGUGUAUUAUAUUUAUGCAUAUAAAUGGUUAUUUCUCUUCAUUUGGAAGAGCGUUUGGUGUUAAACCUAUUCCUGUGACGUCAGUGACUCUCCUUUGAAGAGGUUGCACUGUACCUGUACAUAGAUGUGUAUGUUUGUAAAUGUUAAAACGACUUAAUUGCGAUUAUAUGAUACCAUUGUAAAUGUUUUAUUAGAACUUUUAUAGACCAGUUGUAAAAAGCAAAAAAAAAAAAGAGAGAGAGAAAGAUAACUGGUGAACUUUUGAUAAAUUAAACAAAGAAGAAGACAUUAGAGUAGACUUGAUGGCUACUGCAAAGAUGGAGAGCGUAGGUGCUGUUGCAAUGGGGAUCAGCAAGCAGAACGGACAGCUCCGAGGGCUGAGCUCUCAAUCAGGACCCAGUGUUCAGAGCAAUCCGUUUGCAAGAGUUUCUACUGGAGGCCAAAAACCCGCUGCAGACUCGCAGGAAGGACCUGGAAUCCGGUUUGGUGAAGACUGGAAAAAGAGCCUGCAGCUUCCACCCAAAGACAAUAGAAUGAAAACUUCAGAUGUGACGGCCACAAAGGGAAAUGAGUUUGAAGACUACUGCUUAAAGAGGGAGUUACUCAUGGGGAUCUUUGAAAUGGGGUGGGAGAAACCUUCCCCAGUCCAGGAGGAGAGCAUCCCCAUUGCCCUGUCUGGUCGUGACAUCCUGGCUCGUGCCAAAAACGGAACAGGAAAGAGUGGAGCAUACCUGAUUCCCAUGCUGGAGAGGAUAGACCUGAAGAAAGAUUAUAUCCAGGCCUUAGUAAUGGUACCCACUCGUGAGCUUGCACUACAGGUCAGCCAGAUCAGCAUUCAGCUCAGUAAGCAUCUCGGUGGAGUCAAAGUCAUGGCCACCACUGGCGGAACAAACCUUCGAGACGACAUCAUGCGUCUGGAUGAGAUCGUGCAUGUUGUCAUAGCUACACCAGGAAGGAUACUGGACUUGAUCAAGAAGGGUGUAGCGAAAGUGGAUAAAGUUCAGAUUAUGGUAAUGGAUGAGGCUGAUAAGCUGCUCUCCCAGGACUUUGUGGUGCUAAUUGAGGAUAUCAUCAGCUUUCUGGCCAAGAACAGGCAGAUUUUGCUGUAUUCCGCCACCUUUCCCGUCACUGUGCAGAAAUUCAUGGCGAAGUAUCUGAAGAAGCCCUAUGAGAUUAAUCUGAUGGAAGAGCUGACACUGAAGGGCAUCACACAGUACUAUGCCUAUGUUACUGAGCGGCAGAAGGUGCACUGCCUCAACACACUCUUCUCCAGGCUGCAAAUCAAUCAGUCUAUCAUCUUCUGCAACUCGACUCAGAGAGUGGAACUGCUGGCCAAGAAGAUCACACAACUUGGCUACUCCUGUUUUUACAUCCAUGCCAAGAUGAUGCAGGAGUACCGAAACAGAGUUUUCCAUGACUUCAGAAAUGGGUUGUGCAGAAAUCUGGUCUGCACAGAUUUGUUCACGAGAGGCAUCGACAUCCAGGCAGUGAACGUGGUCAUCAACUUCGACUUUCCGAAGAACGCAGAGACGUACCUGCACCGCAUCGGGCGCUCAGGGAGGUUUGGCCACCUUGGUCUGGCCAUUAACCUGAUCACAGCAGAGGAUCGCUUCAACCUGAAAGCCAUCGAGGACCAGUUGGUGACUGAUAUCAAGCCCAUCCCGAGCAGCAUCGAUAAAAGUCUGUACGUGGCAGAGUUCCACUCUGCCAACGAUGAGGCAGAGGAGCAGGAGACACCUGAAGAGCCCUAAAGUACCACCAGAACCGGACAGUCAGUGCCACAACGCAGCCGUGUGGAAAUGGUGUUGAAUGAAUGAAUGAUGAUGGAUGGAUUGAUUUGUUUAGUGUGUGUGUGUGUGUGUGUGUGUGUGUGUGUGUGUGUGUGUGUGUGAGAGCAUAGCUUAAUAUUGGUUAAGUAUUUUACAUUUUCAGUUGUAUGUGUCUCUGCUCAACAUUUUCUUUUCUUUCUUUUUUGCUCUUUUUUUUUUCUUUUUUUUUCCCCUCUUAGGGUCUAAACUUAAGAUUAUAUAUGCUCUCCUCUCCUCAGGACAAACCUGGCUUUGCACAAAUAUCAGCUUUUGCACACACACACGCACACACACACACACACACACACACACACACACACACACACACACACACACACACACCAGCAUUUCGGCCCUGAAUGUCCAGUGGUAUCUUUGUGUUUACUUUUUAUUUCUAAACUUUGUCAAGGAUUGUAUCACUGGCUGAGCUGAACAUGUAUUAUGCUUUGCACCGGGGGGGAAAAAAAAGAAGAAAUAUAGAGAACAAAAUACAUUCCAGAGUUCAAUUCAGACUUCAGACAGAUGAGUAAAGAUAUGGUUAGGGCAAAGUCUGGAGUGGAUAAUUAGCAUGACUAUUAAUUUGACUGGAUGAAACAAGACAAGAAUCUUUAUGAAUACUGCAAAAUGCUGCAUUUGCUAAGUUCGCUCAAGGAAUUUAAGCCUAAAGGCCACGACUUGCCAGAUACAGAAGCAUUUUUAUUUUGAACUCACUAAAGUGCCUUAUUCCAUUAGACACAACAAUUUUUGUUUAAACCUAUAGAGAUCGAGUUAAAGCCGUAGUGGUGCUACUUUACAGUUAAAGAUGCGUAGUUUCCACGUGUGAUCCGUCACGCAAAGGGACAUGAUAAGGUGUUCGCGUCUUCCUAGGCUAUAAAGUGGUAAGAUGGUAGAUCUCAAGAAUUACACAAAAACGAUUCGGUGCACAAAUUGUUUGCGGAAUAUUGAUGGUCUGUGGCGCUAAAUUACCUUUCAAAUUUAUAAAAGGCUCUGAAGGAAACUCGUUCAGCGUUUUCAUGUGUAGAUCAUCAUUGCAAUAAGUCAUGGCAGCUAAAAACGCGUAUGUGUGUUUGUGCUCGAGCCUUUUUUUUUUUAAAUGGAUCCUAAUUUUUUUUGUUUAAAUACAAACACUCCUAGCCUAAGUAGCUUAAUACCAUUUCUGUCUUUCUGCAGAUCAAAGUUUAAUCCCACGAAUGAAAAAAUAUUAUUAGUCUGGUCAAUGGUAGGGGUCUAAAAUAUAUAUAUCUCACACACACAGAGAGAGGGGUGUGUACACAUUUGCAGGACAGUAUUUUGAGGUUUAUUCUCUUUUUUUUUUUUUUUUUUUUUUUUUUUUCUUUUUUUUGCCUGUUCGUUUUGUAAUAGACGUCUGUGUGCAAAGCAUAAAACCUUACUCUCACUUUUGUUUAAGGCUGUAGCCAGGUUGUUGUUGUUAUUAUUGUUGUUGUUUUUAAGAAUAAUAAUAAUAAUAAUAAUAAUCAUGCGCUUUACUUUAUCUGGGUAUGUGUGAAUGUAUAAAUGGGGGAAAAAAUAUAUUUGUUAUAAAUGAGUCAGCAAAUUAGUUUGAAUGGCUCACCUAGAUUUCGUUUUGAGCUUAGAUUGAAGCGAAUUUGUGGAAUUUGAAAGCAAACUGUAGCAUCGUUUUAAUAUUGUGGCAGCUGUGAUAAUUUCCCACUUCAGAUCCUCUUUACUACCCCUGACAACCCCCUUGAGAAUCUUGCUCAGAAAGAUGUUGUAGUGUGUAGCGCUUGUAUAUCUUUUAUAUCUUUUUAAUGCAGGAACCGGAGUUUGCUUUUGGUUCCAGCUCUUAACCCCCUAGCCUAGUCGGUGAAGCUGUUUUGUUAUGAAUGACAGUUACAGUUUUCAGAAGUUGAUGUGAAUUUGAAUGCAGUUUCAAAUUGCAGGGGGGGAAGCCUGGACAACUCUGAUGUCAUUUAUUGUAUAUCAGAGUAUUUAAAAAAAAUAAUAAUAACAACAAAGAAACCUGGGAUUAGAUUUCUUCAUGCUGAUGUUUGUUUUUACUCUCAGUAGUAGUGUAUCCUGUAACUGUAAGGAUGGUGAGGGGGGAUAUUUUCCUUUCCUGUUGGAUCUUUUAGUGUGCGUGUGUAUGUGAGAGAGCGUUAAUGUAAAAUCUUGUUGUAGCUUACGGAAGAAAGAGUGUAAAAAAUUGUCAUGUCUUAGGGGAUUUCUUUCAGCUGUGUGAUAAAACUGCCUUUCAGGACUUUAGCUAAAGCAUAACCAAAAAGUGAGAUUGUGUG